AUGAAGCAGAGCAAGAUAGCGGAUAAAGAUCCACCCCUCCCUGAUACGCUCGAUGCUUUCUAUGCUCGGUUUGAGCAGAACGCCAGCGGUGUGCUAUUACCUGCCCAAGCAGCCCCUGUGCCCACUUUCACUGCUGCAGAUAUCAGAUCAGCCCUUCCCGAGGGGUCAACCCAAGGAAACCAUCUCUCAAAUGAGAUUGCAGAAAUAUUCUUGCUAACAGCAAGGGAAAAGGAUGCAAAAUCUGUGAAAAUUAAGAAAAAUAAGGACAAUGUAAAAUUCAAUGUAUGGUACAGCAGUAACCUGUACAUAUUAGUCAUCAUGGACAAAGAAAAGGCUGAAAAUCUCGAAGAGUUCCUGCCUCCAGAUCUGGAAGUGAAAGAGAUGAAGUAA